AUGAGCAAACAGAGUGGUGAUGAUUUGUCCUUCCUAGACGAAGAUGAUGGCUACGAAGAUCAACAACCAGUGGUACGAACCACCACUUCCAGUAGCAGUGGUACAACAACUCCCUCCAACACCAGCACAACACUCAGAUCAUCCACUGCUACCCCUAUUGUUGGAGCGAGUACACCCACACUCAUCCCAGAAGACGACACGAAACACAUCCGAAGAAUUUCAAAAGGUAACAUCAAGAUCAGAAGUGGAGCCAAUUCCAGUACUCCAAAACCAACUUCCAACGUUCUUGAAACGAGUCAAAGUAAUAAUAAUAACAGACUCUCCAUUGGUACACCUUCAUCAUCGAGUGCUGCUUCCUCUCCUCCAUUGAGUACCAUUAGUAGUGGUAUCAGCUCUCCUUCAUCAUCCAUGAACACUCCUUCUCUGAUCACGACUUCAUCUCUUCAAAUGAUGAUGCAAGAGCCAUCAUCAAGUCGAGCCAUGAGUUCAUUGAGUGCCCAACCCUUCAACACUCCCAUCAUCCCAAGAUCCUCCUCACCACCUACUUCUUCGACCACCGUUCAGGUACGAUCACCUUCUUCACCAUCCUCCUCAUCGGGUGGUAGUAGUGGAUUCAAAGUGAUUAAAAAUGUUUCAUCAUCCAAACAAGGAUCCCAACCACCUCAACAACAACAAGCCUCACUUUUAACGGAAUCUCAAGGAAAAAUUCUCUCUAAAAAGUUGAUUAGUGGAUUGAUGAAGAAUAUUGCUGGAAGUAGUAGUAGUAGCAGUAGUGGUGGUAGUAGUAACAAUGUUGGAGGACAAAAUGAGAGUCCGACUGCCUCUUCUUCCAAUAUGGCAUCUUCUCAACAACCACCACUUGCCUUCUUGGACAGUGAAGAUAAUGAUUUGACCAGUUCACAAAUGAGAAAACGAGUUUUGAAAUCUUCACGAGAUGAUGAAGACGAUGGUGAUGGAAAGAAAGUGAAACACAUUACUUUGGAUAAAUUACAAGUGUUGAUGCAAACCUUGGAUAGACACGAUAAGGUUCCAUUGUUAGAUGAAAACAUUAAUAUUCGUGACUUGUUUGAUGAUCCCAAUUCACAAAUUGAUGAGAAGAAAGGACUUAUUUUUGCAAAACCUCCUGCUUUUGAAAGAAAUGAUCAACCUAUUGACAUCGAACUUUUUGAGGAUCUCACAAGUUAUAGUACUAUUCAGAGACGAUAUGUUUCUCAGAGAGAUGAAGCUCUUAGUCAUGAAUUUCAAUUGAAACCAACCAAUUUAGCAAGUGCGGUUCAGGAAGUGAGAGAUUUUGUGAAAAAAGAAAAAGAAAGACAUCAGAAAAUGAUGGAAGGAAGUUCUGAGGCAUCCGCUAGUGCUUCCUCCUCAAAGGAUCCACACGAUUCCACUGAUACACAACAACAACAAUUUUCUGGAUCGUUUGUAGACUUGUCCUCCAUUGCUCAAGAUUCCAAUCAAAAAUCUCAACUUCAAAAACAAGUGGAACAUGAAAGUCACAUGCAACGUGCCAGAAAAGUUUUCCGUCAAAUUGAAUAUCGACAUGUUUUUAAAGAUUUGGCAAACAAAAUUGUCAUGGAAAAAAUUGGUCUUCCUUCCAUCAUUCGUGUGAACAGCAAGUAUAUUGCAGUCGGUACAACGAACGGGCUCAUUGCUCUCUAUCACAGAAAAACUGAGAGCCGUUUAGCAAUUAUGGGCUCCAUUCAAAUGGAGGAAAUUGUUAAUAACAAUGGAUCCAAAGUUGAACGACCAGUUCAAAUCACAACCAUGGAUUUUGGUUCCAAGAUGAAUUUACCCUAUGAGGAAUAUGGAGCCAAAUCAGAACAAGAUCUUCUCUUGUUGUAUUAUAAAAUUUCAAGUGAUCAAGAAGAUUUCACUGUGAAUGCUGCAACAGGAACAGCAAAUAUGAAGGAUCCAUCUGCUCUCGAUCCUAACAACGGUGACCAUAAAGGAGACGGAGAAGAAAAUAUUGAAGUGCUUUCACAGACUUCACGUGUACUUGUGAGCGGACAUUCAGAUGGGUCUAUCAAUAUUUGGAAUUUAUCAACAUUUAAACCUGUGAAACCUUUGAAGGGAUAUUUUAAGAGACCUAUUCACAAAAUUGUCAAUUUCCACAAGACAAGCAAGCAACACAACUCGAUUGAAUUUUUGGCAGUUGAUACAAGCGGAAGAAUGAAAGUUUUCAAUGUGAGAAAAAUUAUGUUUGCCUAUUAUGUGGACGUUCAACCCAUUCACUGGGCUAACAUUCCAAAAGAAGUUCCAGCUUCACCAAGUAGCUCACAAUUAUUGAAGACUGACGAUGAAGGACAAGUCAUGGUUACAGAAACCUUAACUGCUGAACAACAACGAAGCAUGCUUGAAUAUGAAAGAAAACAACAACAAGAAAAGACUCUCGCUCGAUUUUCAGACAUUCAUUUGCUUCCAAAAUCAGAGGGCAGACAUCCUCUUGAUCGAUUUGUCCUAGUGGCUGUCACAACUGAUUCAGAAGUGAUUAUUCACUCUGUGAAACCAAAUUCCAGACAAUUGGCAACUCUCUACAACAAUAGUGUGUUGGAUGCCUCCAGUGGGUCCUCAACUUCGAGUGGAUCUUUCAAUGCCAGAAAGAAAAUUUCACCAAAAAUUGCAUGGAAAGGAAGUCAAAUGGUGGAUGGCGAACACAGGGGCCUAAGCGUGUCAUUGAACGAUCAAAGCCAUCCCUAUUUGGCUGUUGCAUGGGGCAAUAGAAUUGCCUUCUAUCAUGUUGAAGUUCAACAAGCGUCUGGUUUCUUCAGUAUGAUGUUUGGUUCUGGUACUUCAAAUAACAAUUCUGGAUCAUCAAAUUCUUCAUCUAACUUUGGAAAUUCUGGAAGAAACAGUUCGAGUGAUCGAGGAGAUGUUACUUCAAGCCAAAGUGGAUCCUCCAGUGAUUUACCUAACGUUUACUUUGCUUCUGAAAUAUUUGUUCCGUUCCCUGUCGAACAAAUUCAUUGGUUGACUGAUGAUUUAUUUAUUGUUUUUGACUCUAAACUUGGAAAAAUGUUGCUCAUUGAUAGAAAACUUGAAUCUUCCACAAAUUGGAUUGAAGAAGUGAAUUGUAAAGAUCUCAUGUUGGACUAUGUUUCUGACCCAAUGAUGAAUGUUCCAAUUAAUCUCAAGAAGAAGUAUGGAAUUCACUAUGGAGGUGCAUUCAUUCGCGGUGCCUAUGAUGUUUCAUCCUUCCAAUAUAUUGACAUUCUGCGUCACUCCUCUAUUAACACACAAAGCUUGCUUCGAUCGAUUUACACCGGAGGUUCUCUUGACGACGAUACGAUCAGUUUGCCAAGUACGACUCACAGUGCUGCUUCUGAAAUGUAUCGUGCCUACUAUGGUGGUACAGCUGUGACAGUCAAACACAAGAGUCCUACUAUUUAUUUAUUGGGCGCCUCAGAGCUGAGAGCUAUGCGUUGUUUAUCAUGGGAUGAAAGGGUUGUAGCAUUACAAUCCAUUGGAGAGUAUGAAGAAGCAUUGAACAUGUCUGUUGAAAUGUUUAAUGAUCCAAGUGGAAUUGGUGCAUUGAUCGGUCUUCCAACAAAGGAUGAAACUCAACGACAUGAGGCAGUGAGCACGUUGAUUUCUUCAAUUCUUGUUGAUUACAGAGAUACCAAGCUUCAUCAACUUGAACUUGACAGCGGAUUGACACAUUCCAAAGUGGAAAUGUUGGUUCAAGUUGCAAGAAAUUGUCUUCAAAGAGCUAUUGAAAUUAACAACAUUGAAUUGAUCGAGGGAACCUUCUUAUCCUUUGAGCACCACGGUUAUGAUCACAUCUUCCUUCAAUUGCUUGUUGAAGAGUUAAUUUUGAAUGGAGCUCUUUCAAGAAUGAUGACCAUCGAUUCCAAGAAAGCAUCGUAUGCAUUUAUCAAGUCACAAUUCAUGAAAAUCAAAGAUCUCUACACAUCAAGUGCUGAUUCUGAGACUGGAGAAAAGGGUCUAAUUGAUCUUUCACGCUAUAUUAAAUACCAUGGUAUCGAUUCUGAUCAGUCACUCAAAUCAGAAACUCCAACCAUUACUCAUCUCUCUCAGAAAGCAAGAUUAAGCAAACUUGAAAACAUUAUUCUCAACUUGGAUAUUAGCAAGUUAGACAUUCCAUUUGAUACUAUUCGAGAUUUGUGCAGUUACAAAGAUCAUACCAUGUGCAGAAUGAACAUUUAUGCCCAUUGCAUUUUGAAGAAGGACUUUAUUGGUCCUGUUAGAACAUAUUUGGAAGAAGUGAGUCUUUCAGAUUUGGGUUCUCCAGAGUCUCAAGAAAAAGCUGACGCUAUUCUCAAAUACUUUUAUAAUAUAAUUACCAAUGGAACGAUUUUCACAGAUGCUUAUCAAAUCACUGAUUUUGAUAUUUUGAGAAAGGUCAAACGGUUGAUUAUUGAUUUCAUUUUUGAACAAAGUCGAAUGUCACACUCCAAGAUUUUACAAGGAGAGUCUGGAUCAUCUCAGAGAAAAGGUCUUCGUACUGAAGUAGCACUCGUGAAUCUUGAGAAAUUGAUCAAAUUCAAUCCAAAGGAUACUUUUGAAGUGCUAAAGUUAUACUUUGAAGAAUUACAAGUUGAAAGAGGAAUUGACACCUCUCCGUUCUAUGUCAACUUCCCAAAACCUAUCAAAUGUCCUUUGCAAGAUCAAGAUGACGAUAGAGAUAACAUUCUCGAAGAUUUUGUAAUUACUUCGUUUGCUGAUUGUGUCAAUGAAGGAAGCAAUGCGAUCAAGAAGUGGGUGCCAAAAUUGAAAAAGGAAGAGUUGAUUGAAGCCAUGAAAAACUUUGUUUUAGAUCCUCCACAAGGAGAGCUAGACAUUGAAUUAGAUGGACCAAUCUUCUCGUUGAAAGAAAAGAAGUAUUUGUACGAAUUUUUAGGAGAAAUGAUUGCAAGAAAUAUUCUUUCUGAAGACAAGGGCCAAAUUAAGAGAAUUUACACUCAUCUAUGUCACGACACAGUGUUGACAAGUUACGAAACUAAAGAAUUACUCAAACAAUUCAAAGAGCAUGAAAAGGCUACCAGUGACCUAAAAAAGAGCAAAGAAGGAACAAAGGUUUCAUUUUUCGGAAUGGAAAGUCGACAAGAUAGUCUUGAAAAGCUCAUGAAACAAUCUGCUUUCUUUGAAGAACGAAAACAAUAUUUAGUGAAAGAAUACGAUUUCAAGGAGCACCGUCAACAAAUUGUGAUUCGAAUUUUAGAAAAACUUGAGAGCUCUAACGAACAAACGAUUAGUGCCAUUUUGGUCCGAUUAAUUGAUUUUGCUCAAGAAAAUAAUUGUUAUGACGUUGCUGUGUAUUUGAAUAGAAAGAAGAAAGAUUACAAGGCAGUCAUUAAGAACUUUAUUGAUGACUUGAAAUUGAAAAAAUCCAUUGGUCAUAGCAAGCCACAGGUUCCAGUUUUUGAAUACAUUUCUGAAUUGGCAAACGACAGUGAAGUGGUCAGCAUUUAUAUUCAUGAUGCCAUUCUUGACCAUUUACUUGAUUUGAUGAGAGCUGACAGUGAGGAAAUGACUCUUCUCAUUGUGAAAUAUUUCCCAACCAUCCAUCCACAAGUUCUCAACGCACUCAUUACUUCAAGCAUCAAGAAUGUAGAAGAUGAAAGAUUACUAUUCAACUAUCUUUCUAAAAUUAUUAACAUCUAUGAAGGAAAUAACUCGGACAUAUUGGACAGUAGUUCCAAAGUUGGUGAAUCUGCCAAUGCCUAUUAUUCAAACAUGUCACGAGCUAAAAUUGAAGUUGAUAUGGAACUGCAAUACCAAUACAUUAGACUCUUGUGUAAAUUUGAACCACAUAGAGUAUGUGACUGGCUUCAAACCCAUCAAUUCCCAGGAGAAAAGGCAGAAGACAUUCUUGAAUAUUGUAGGAACAUUCCAGAUGCAGUCAGUUUCUUGUUGGAAAGAAAUGGUGAAGUGAUGGAAGCUUUAAAUAUUGUCCUCAAGAAUAUUGUACGCGAGACCAGUAUUUUAGAAGAUUGUCUUUCACAAGUUGCACAAAUUCUGGAUCCUAACAAUUAUCGUUUCAGCAAGUAUCGUCACAUUCGUGAUGUGAAAGAGAGAGAACGCAUCCAAGGCACUGACAUGACUUCCAAGAAAUUUGAUGAACUCGCAGAAAAGGAUGGUAAAUUCUUUAAUGUGGAAAGUGUGUUAGGUUUGAUCGAUUUGGACGACAUUCCUCUCGAUAAAUAUCUCGAAAUUAGAAAGAAUGUACUCAUCAAGAAGGGGCUCAUCCCACCCUCCAUUUUAACACCAUCCGAUGACAAGGAUGGUACUUCUGGACAGAACACUUCUGAUCAACAACAACAACCCGCUACCAAUCCAUUGUAUUAUGGUUUAGAUGAUGAAUUUAUUGGACGUGGACCUGUUGCUCUCAAAGUCGAAGAUUUACCAGAAUCUAAAAAGAUUCGUAAAGAACUUGCUGUCGCCAUUUCCAUGUGUCGAAGAAAUACACAACGAAAGACAGUAGACGAAAAGCAAGUGAAACAACUUUGGUUUAAAUUGAUGGAUCAGUUCAACGUUCCAUUUAGCGAAUAUUACAAAUCUUAUCGAUUGAGUAAUGUCGAUUCUUCUUCAGGCAAUUCCAAGAAGGAUACAGAUGAUGAAAAUUCUUCUGAUUCUUCACGACUUCAGGCAACUCAGGAGAGUGACAUUGAUCGAAUCAAACAAAAAAUUGAACAAACCAAGAAUUUGAGAAAAACCAAAGAACAAGAAUUGCUUGAAAAGGAAAAAGAGUUGAAAGAUCAACAAGACGAAGAAGAAAAGAAGGAUAUUUCCAAAGAAAUUGAACGAAUGAAAAAAUACAUUUCACUCCAAUUGAAAAAAGAAAAAGAUUUACAACGACAAAUUCAAGAAAUUAUUGAGCGAAGCAAAUUAGAACAAGAAAAAUCCAAUCAAAUGCAUAAUUUGGCCAAAUUGUGGCUUCAACUCAUUCAACUCAAAUUCCUGAGAGUGGUGGUCUUAUCUGCCAUUGGAAGUAUGCCCAUUCCAGAAAUUUUGAAGAAACUCACAAGAGAAAACGCAAAAGCUGACUUUUCCAUGUAUCGACAAAUUUUACUUCAUUUACUUGACAAGUAUCGAUAUGAUUUGAAAUUAUUACAAAAUGCUUACAAUGUCGUGGAAGAGGAUACGUUCACAUUGAGCAAAAAGUUUAGUGAUCGACUCAUGAGAGGUCUUUGUCCAACAGUUCCAAAAUGUAUGCUCACAGAUACUGUGUUGACUCCUGAAGUUGAUGAAGAUGAAGAUGAUGAAAAACAAGAAUCAAAGAAGGGUAAAAAGGAAAAGAAGUUUGAUGUGAUUCGAUUGUUUGAUACUGGUUACGCGUAUCGAUUGUCAGCACUUGGAAAUGUCACUCGUUGUCCAACAACAACAACUUCUGUCAGAAAGAAGAAAUUUGAGUAUGAGAAGAGCAAAUCCAUUACCGAAGUUAAGAAGAUUACAAACGAAUUGUCGAGACUAUCCUCUGUAGAGACAAUGGUGAAAAAGAAACCAACAGUCAAGCUCUAUAAGACAGUUCUCAAAGAAUCCCAAAUGGUACGUGCAGCUAAAAAGACUGGAACAGAAAUUGUGUUCAGUGGAAUGGAAAAGCCACUGUUGCCACCCGUGUAUGAAGAGACAACAUUGCUCAUUCCAACUCUCUUCUCAACAACCACUUCGAGAGAUGUCACAACUUCAGGUUCGAUGGAAACUAGUGUAGAUACGUCUGUAAUUUUGGAAGAUUUGAGAGGUAUUUCACAGGAACAGAUUGUGGAUACACUCAUUGAAAAUGCCAUUCAAUUUUAA